AUGGCACUUCCGGAGGAAGGCGUGCCCGCCGAGAUCAUGCGCCUGGUACCCCUGGGCGAUGCGCUCGACAAGAUCCAGAUGCAGAAGGCAGCGACGCCCGUUCCGAGGCCCGACGGGGUAAGGGAGGCGGCAGAUAUAUUGGAGAGCACGAAGACGAACGCGGUGGUCUGCGAGAGGAGCAGCUUCGACGAGAUGGACAUCAAUGCGCAACGGAGCGAGGCGUCGCGGGAGGCGGUGGAGCGCGGCAUGCUGGAGCAGGCGGCGACAGAGAAGAAGCGCGUGGACCGACUCCGUGAGCAGCUGACGCCCGAGGAGAUCGCCGAAGGAGCGAAGCAGAUUUAUCUCGCGCUAGACGGGAAGUGCGUGGACAUCAACGGCAGGAAGCAGAAAAUCAAGGGCGACAUGACGAAAGUGCGGCACGUGCCAAGUCUGGGGAAAGCCGCCCACAAGCUCCUCACUCACAUUGAGCACGCGUCGCGGCGCCUUCCAGGUGCACAGGAAUCUCGGCGUGUGAUGAGGUUCGAGACGAACGCUCUGCGAGUCCGGUAUGGCGUCCCAAUCUUCGUAACUUUCUCGCCCGACGAAGGGCGCAAUCUGCCCGUGGUCCGCCUGUCGCGCGCGCGACGGCAGGACCCCGUGCGCGCGGCAGCUGAUAAUGAAGCGCAGUCGCGGCUGGCGGGGCAUCGGGAGUGGCCGCGUGUAGCCCCCGACGUAGACGAGGCACGCCUGGAUCUUCCAAUGGAUGCAGCACAGGCUGGGGUGCCGACGUGGGCCGAGCGUAGACGAAUCCUCGCGCGGGAUCCCAUGGCCAGCGUUGACGGCUUCCGCAUCCUGGUGGGCGCGACGCUCCGGCACCUGUUCGGGCUGCGGACUUGCCCGAAUUGCCCGCGUUGCAAUCUCGCCGAAGGGGGGUUCCCGUGCCAGGACCUGUUCGGAAGCAACGCCAUGCCAGGCGGGGGCGCGUUCGGACGCGUGGAUGCCUACUACGUGUCCAUAGAAGCUCAGAAAUCUACGGGAUCUCUGCACGCACACUGCCAGGUAUUCGCACAGUGCCUGCACCAGCACGCGCCGCUCGAGGAGGUGUUCGAAAUCGUCCGUGACGACGUGCAUCACCGGGGCGAGAAGAUUGUGGAGGGGUAUUUGGGGUACAAGAGUCGCGUCUGUCGGCAGGUUUAUUCGCAGCAGGUGUCGGCGGAGGAAAUGGGUCGGAGGCUGGGGGAGGCGGAGAAGUCUUGGCCGGAGUUCAAAGACGAGGACGGGCUCCUUGGAAGGCCCGCGUUUCAAACGCGCACUCUCCAUUCAAAAGCAUCGACGACGGAGGCCCAGGACGACGCUGUGGCAUGGGGGAAGAAUAUCUGA